GCUUUGAGCUCGGUUGAUCUUGGAUCGGGUGCUUAAGCUUCAAGAUUCUCGAUGUUUUCGGGAACAACAUUUGGUACCUUAUUAUUCAGGCCACAAAGUGCACAACUCCUAAUUCUGACGAACGAUCCACGUGACUAUCACGGGAGCACUUUCAAAGACCGCGAUAUAUAUAACGAAUACCUGUCGUGAGGGGAAGCAAUAUCGAGAAUAUUAGAUAUGUCCCGACAGACGAUUCAGCGAGUUGUGAUGACCGGCUCGGUUGCAGCCAUCACCGCGACCGGGGCAUGGUAUGGCGCUGGGCUGAAGACGCAGAAGCAGGCAACUGAGGCAGUUGAAAAGCACCGCGAAGUGACCGCUGAAGAGCAGUUGGCGCUGCUCAACGAGAGGCGGGGUCAACUUGUGGGGAAGAAGAUAACUAUGGAGAGGAAACUGGCCGAGUUGGAGGCUAGGAAACAGGGCGCAACGAGGGAGGAGUCUAAGUUCGGACAGGAGAGGAGGUGACGGCAGUCAGUGCGGAGGAAGGGGAUGUACGUUAGAGUUAAUCAUCGGGAAAGCAACGUAAGAGCGAGCCUGGGGUGUUUGGUCGGUGCCGCGGGCUGGUGGUAUCGACAGAAAUCUUCCACCAAAACACACGCAAACCAUGUAUUUGUAUAGCCUUCAAAGCGAGUUUACGAACCCGAAUAUAGUUUGUAUAUAUUGAACAACAGAAACAAGGAAAAUAUUUCAC